AUGCCGACCAACCACACCAACCCUAUGCAAGGGAGUCCAACCCACACCGAAGACCCACUGAUCGCAUCCCGUUCAACUGACACUAACAAAGUUCUUAGCCACUACACGACUGCCCCUUCAGAUGGAAAUCCAGAUGCAGGGGACCACGGGAGCCUAGAUGAUCCUGCCUUAAACCCUCUCUUCUCCCUCAGUGGGAGGGGGAUGAUGCAGAGCCUCUGGGCGCAGGUGGAAAUAGCCUACACUCUGACUACCGGCAAUCACCCAGAACUACAACACAUGCGUGACGACGUCACUGAAGGGAGCAGCCCACUUAGUGUAACUCAGACACCCGUAGGAUUUGCACCUUCAUAA